GGGUAUAUGGGACUAGCGACGGUUGUUCAGAUUUUUAAUUUUCUUUCGCUUCGAUUCUUCAACUCUCUCGCUUCCCUAAGCAAGAGGUACUCUCCAAUGGGGGAAGUAGUGGAGAACACCAACGCCGCUCCGGUCUCCGAAGACAAGCUGUACGGCUUUAAACGCCAGGAGAUGUACAGUGGCGCCCUCGCCGGCUCCGUCGCUCCGUACGGUCGCCACGUGUUCCUUUGCUACAAGAGCCACGAGACCUGGCUUCCUCGCGUCGAAUCCGAAGGUCUCCCGCAGCGUUUCGCUAAGUCGUUCAAGGAUCGGAGAGCUGAUUUCGCUGUUGAGACGAAGCUGACGGUGUGUGGUGGUGGAGGUGGUGAAUCUGAUGGAGAUGUGUUGGUUUUCCCUGAUAUGAUCAGAUACAAGGCGCUUAAGGACACAGAUGUGGAUGCUUUUGUGGAAGAUGUGCUUGUUAACGGGAAACCGUGGACCUCUGGGAUUCAGGAAGAGUUAUCAGGUUCCUUUGUAUUUGUGUGCGCUCAUGGUAGCCGGGACAAAAGAUGCGGUGUUUGUGGACCAGCUCUUAUUGAGAAGUUCGAGCAGGAGAUAGGCUCCCGUGGACUUUCAGACCAAAUCUUCGUUAAGCCAUGCUCUCAUAUCGGUGGGCACAAGUAUGCUGGAAAUUUGAUUGUCUUCAGCCCUGAUCCAGCUGGAAAUGUUUCUGGCCAUUGGUAUGGCUAUGUGACUCCUGAUGACGUGCCUGCAAUGCUUGAUCAGCACAUUGCAAAAGGAGAAAUCAUACAAAACCUUUCCAGGGGCCAGAUGAGACUAAGACCUGAGGGUGAGGAAGCUGAGAAAGAGGAUGAGCAUAAAGUCCCAGACGGAAACAGCGUAGUAGAACGCGAAUCAGUGGAGAUGAAAGGAUUCACAGGAGGUUGUUGCCAAGGUGCAAAAGGGGUUUCAUGUUGCCAGGAGCAAACUCCAGAACCAGUCAAGAAAGAAACAUCAGUGAAGCAGAACUGGUUCAAAUGGCUGGAGAAAGAAGAGGUUCUCUUGGCCUUGGGAGCUGCCGCAGUUGGGGCCAUCGCAACCAUAGCAGUGGCUUACAGCAUUUACAGGAGGGCUGUUCGUUUGGUUGCCGCAGGUACCGGCGGCAGCGACAGCGUCAACAUUCUGCGUCAACUCUUGUUCGUUUCGUUGACGCAGGAAACUGCGUCUGACGCCGAUAAAAUCUGCGGUCGCGAUAUAGUAUGCGUCAGCGGCAGCGUCAGCGUCUGCGAAACGAACAACAACUGUCCUCAUUGACGCUGCCGCUGCCGCUGACGCCGAAACCUCCGGCAACCAAACGAACAUGACUUAUAUCAAAUCUUUUUCUAGUUUGAUUGUAAAUGGAAUAACGGAUAAUCUAGCUGCUGACAAUC